AUGGAGAAGGCCAGCACAGCAACGCAGCCCUCUUUGCCUGCGUGCUGGGGCUUCCCACCAUACGAUGCCUCACUUUCUAUCCUCACGCAGGCGCACUCUGGCCUGCACGAGGAUAAAAAGCCAACAGUUGUUCUUCAAGGUCUCAGGCAGAGAAAGAUAUUUCCAACCCCUGCUAACGGGAGCUGCCGGGGAUCGAACCAGCGACCUUCUGCAGGAAAACUCAACGCUCUGCUUCAAAGUGGCAGCCUCAUCCAGCUGAGGGACUAUAAAUUAGAAACUGAGGGGGUGGAGGAAGAGAGCAGGCUGCUGCAAGAUAGACCUAACGUGCCUGCGGAGAGAUUUUCCACUGCAGCAAUCCCACCGCCGGAGAGGGUUGUCCCCCUGCUCAGCGCCAAGAUGACAGCUCUCUGUAUCUGCUUCUUCUCCCUCUUCUGCCUGACCGUCUCCCAAACGAUCCCCAGACUGAAGUUGAUCCCGACAGUCGAACUCAAUAAAACACAGAGUCUCAAGACCUGGAACCCAACAGCCUCUUUGUACAAGAGGCUCGGAGCAGGAGCAGUCUAUCUGAAUCACAAGAAUUUUGGAUUUUCUGACGUGGCAUCCAAUCCCAUUAGGGCCAAACCAGACCUGCACGUGGAGUCCCAUGUCCGUGUCUGGAGUUCCCAGCGAUUUGUUAAAACUCAGUUCCCAGAUAGUUUGAAUGUAAGUUUUAUGGAAGAAGCAAGCCUGAGUAUCCUGUUUCAUGAUGCCGGAUCCGAACAGCUCUUCAUCGGAGGCCGCGAGCAACUGUGGAUCCUAACUUUUAAGGACUCUGUGGUUACUCCAACACGGAUCCCACUGAGCGCUGAAGAAAAGGUGAAAGAGGACUGCAAGAAGAAGGCUGGAGUGGCCCAGGCGGAUUGCCAUAAUUUCAUCCAGGUGAUCCAGAGGCUGAAUGCUACAAACAUCAUAGUCUGUGGCACCAACGCCGCUUCACCCAAGUGCUGGCUUCUGGACAACAACAACACCUAUUUCGAAAGCCAUUCACUCAAAGCCAGUGCAGAAAACAUCAUCCCAGCAUUUCCAUCUCAAGCCGCCGUGACCAUUGCAGCAGAAGGCAACCUUUAUUCCGCAUUGUCCGGAAACAAGAGCACCAUAUGGAGGAGCUACGGAACCAAAAAGCUGAUUAAGACUGAAGACAAUUGGCUGACCAGAGCAGAAUUUGUCAGUGCCGGCCUGCUGGCGGAGAAGAAUAAAAUAAACGAUGAAAUUUACUUCUUUUACAACGAGUUCAACCAGAGCGCUGGGCUAGACGAUGAGCCUUAUAAAGCUCAGCUCGGGCGUGUGUGCAAGGUGGACGAUGGUGGUGGAAAAGGCUUCAUGCCAGAUGUAUGGACCUCUUUCCUGAAGGCAAGGCUGGUCUGUGGAAAUCCCAAAGAUCCCAAGCGUUUUCAUCGCCUCCGGGACGCCUUUCUCCUCGGGGAAGGCCGGACCCUCUAUGGAGUCUUCUCCAAUCUGUGGGGUAAAACAGCUGUUUGUAAGUAUUCCAUGAAUGAAAUCAGUUCUGCUUUCAAGACUUCUAAGUUCAAGGGCUUUACCGGUUCCAUUCCCGCUACCAGACCUGGCACGUGUGUGGCAACAUCUUCCCAAAUUCCCAGAACCACUCUGACCAUCAUUAAAGACUACCCAGAAAUCGAGACCGUCAUCUACCCAGAAGGGCGGCGUCCCCUCUACAUUCUCGAGAAUAAUGAGUCCUACACCCGAGUUGUGGCAGACAGGGUGCGAGAUGCCAGCAACGCCACUCGUGUUGUCCUAUUCCUUGGGACAGAUCAAGGGAAGAUCCAUAAGGUGCUUCAAAACGGAGAGCAGACGGUGGUCAUUGCAGAGCUCAGCCCCUUCAAAAACGAAGCACCUGUCUCCUCCAUGGUCUUGGAUGCCACUAUGGGUCACCUGUACGUAAGCACUGAAUUCGAGGUGGUGCGCCUAUCACUGGCAGAUUGCGACCACUACAAAGACACCUGCUGGAACUGCGUCCUGGCCCGUGACCCGUAUUGUGGGUGGGAUCCAAACGGCCAGACUUGUUCGGCUGUCUCUCAGUCCGGAAACUACAGUGGCAGCUUGCUUCAGAGCCUGGCUCUGCAGUCCACAGAUGUGUGCAAAGGUGUUGAAGAAAAAAAAGUCCAGGAGGCUCUCAAGAAAGUGAGCGUGGACCCCAGCAGCUAUAUCUAUUUGCCGUGCCCUCUGCGAUCUCACCACGCUAACUACACUUGGGUCAAGGAUGACUCCGAGGAGUAUUCGUGUUCCAUGGAUGGGGAAUCCUGCACUCUUCGUUUCGGGGAGAGCACCCCCAUGGAAAAGGGCAUCUUCAAAUGCACGGCCAAGGAAGAAGGCUACCGAGAGGAAAUCACUGCUUAUGAGGUCACAUUCAACAGCGGCCAGAUCCCAGAGGUCUCCUUGGUGGUGGUAGCCACAGGAGUCUUAUUCCUGGCCAUAACAAUUCUCCUCUUAUAG